AUGACAUAUGAUUGUAAAACUGGUUUACAAUUAAUUACAAAUCCAUACUACAUAGUCAGUCAAUGUAUUCAUAUCUUCGUCAGCGCUGCAACAAUCGUAUUUGUUAUUGCAAUUCGUAAAGGACUAUGGACGUUUCCGGUCCAUAAAAAUAUCAAGGCAAUAUACCUACUCCUAUUCUUCUCUAUCGUACUCCACGCUGGAGUAUUUAUUAUUUUUGAGGUGCACCACAUUCUCAAAAUCUUCACUAUCAAAUCGGAUUGUGAUGUUUAUCAGCCGGGUUUGUUCUGCCUUUUUGUGAGGCUCACAAUCCAUUAUUACGCCAUAUGCAUCGCUCUUCUUCAACUUGGAAUCUGUAUUGAGAGGACCAUGGCAACAGUGUGGUCAUCUCGCUAUGAGCGUUGCAGUGUGAACUUCGGAAUUGCCUACUGUUUUUUUACAAUAGCCACAGCAGUUACUAGCUCUUGUCUCGUCAAUUAUACUACUGUCAAUGAACCUAGCUUCUCUUGCCUGAAUAAUAGCAGAGUAGAUCGUUUACGAGUCGAUGUGGUCAACUACUUCCUGACUGGAUUGAACUUUGUCACUUUUCUUUGGAUUAUCAUCCUUCACGAAAAGAACAAGUGCUCCUCCAAAAAGCAGGAUACACAAUUCUCGAAACGCUAUCAAGUGCAAGAAAAUGUAGCUAGUACUAGAAUUGUGGUGAAUGCAUGCUGCACUCAGCUAUUAUUCUUUGCCGUACAUCUCGUCACGAAUAUGGCAAGAAGGACGCGGAUUGAUUCCAUGGAUGUGAUCCUUUACCGCACCCUCGAAAGCUGUGGAUAUCUUUUCACCUACUAUUCGCUUAUUGUAUCUAUCGUUAUAGCUGUAUUCGUACAUAGAGAAAGGCAAAGGAGGAUUUCCACACUUCGCGAUAAUAUCAACAAAAGCUGCAAAGGCGAAGACGGGUCUAAAUUAUAUUUCAGAAUGUAUGGUAAACAAUGGUGA